CCUGGUUUGGAAGGCGUGUGUAUUGUGCCUGAGGAAUGAGGCAAGAAAGGCGGCCAGAAUAAAAUCACCCAGAAGGGACUAGCGUCAUGACUGGUCAGCUCCUCCGUCGGCCUUUUGCGGCUUCAACAUCAACCCGCCGAACAACCCCUCUCCUCUCCAUUUCACCAAACGGUGCCAUACCAAUUGCGAUUGUUGCUGCCACGUUGGCAAGGCGACAUAUUAUUGGCCUUGUCCUUGAUCCCGCAACUCCCACAACUGCCAGUCUCCUUCCGAUCAGCCCCAGCCGUCACACCCCCGUCUUCAACAUGGUUGCCCGGCCAGUGUCGCAUCUCCUUCGUUCGCGCUGCCUCCUGCGCAGGCCUCAGAACACCCAGGCCUUCUCGAGCUCAAACAAACUCCGCGCCGCUGACCAUGGCGAUCACUAUGACCCCCCGACCGGCUGGCUGUUCGGCGUCAAACCGGGCCAGAAGUACGAGAAGGAAGGCUGGGAGGGUAUCUGGUACUACGGAUUCAUUGGCAGUCUGCUAGUUGCCGGUGUUGCAUAUGUUUUCAAGCCCGAUACCUCCAUACAAACCUGGGCUCUUGAGGAGGCUCGCCGGAGACUUGAGGCCGAGGGUAUCCUGGAGGACCCCGAGAAGGUCAAGAAAUAAACGGAUCGGUUCUUGCGCCUAAAUCUGUACACUGUACAUAGAGAGAUCGGAAAGGGAUUAUUUCGGUUGGCGCCUGUACCACCUGCGAUGGCAGAUAUGAUGUUCCGAUCCUUUGGUUAGAUGGGGUUUUUCGCAUGUCCUUCCAUUCCAUUUCUUUUCUCGUUCCCCCCAACCUGUUGUACUACUUUAUAUUCCGUCUGAACUGCUUUCCAUCGCAUCAGUACUGGUGAAUUGAAUCAAAAUGGUGGUUAUUAUUAACAAUCAGUGCGCAAGAGAAUUCUUAAUCAAUAAGUUAUCGUCUCGGUGUCCCAGGAAUCAAAUUCUGCUCCCUGUUUUGGCGCUUUCAUCGCGUCCCAAUUCAGACCUCUGGGUAGAUAUCGGUCCUCCUGAGUAGAGGCAUCUCCCUCCGAAUCUUAGAGACAAGAUCGAGGUCAAUAUUCGCAGUCAGAAUUUCAGGGUCUGGAUACUCGUCGCCCAAUUCUGCUACCACCUCGCCCCAAGGGUUGAUAAUCAUAGAAUGGCCAUAGCUGCGUCUUUUCUCAUUAUGGGGGCCUCCUUGGGCAGCGGCUAUCACAUACGAUUGGGUCUCAAUAGCUCUGGCCCUGAGUAGAGAUUCCCAGUGGGCUCUGCCCGUUGGAACUGUGA